UGAUGUACGAUGCGUGCGGCAUAGAAGCUAUAAACCCACCACCCCGACCCCCGAGCGCCAGAACACGAUAUAUACACACACACACACUGAAACACACAUGUACACGUAGGGCGCCCCGAAAAGAAUAUUGUACAUAAAUUUUAAUUAAAGAAAGCAACGAAGAAAACAACGGAACGAGCAGAAGCAGCAGCAGCAGCAGCAUAACAGAAAACAUCACAAAAGACAAUAUAAAAAUAUUACAAAAAAAAAAAACAACAAAAAAAUCAAUAAAGAGCGGCAGCUCACGGCGAUAAAAAGGUGUUAUCAGUGUGAAUUGUUGCUGUCGGUGCCCACACGACAACCAAAACAGAUAGGAAGCAGACAGACAGAGGCGAAAAGUGGCGGAGACUCUUGUGGCCAUCGGCCGCGGGCAGCGCUCCUCUUCACUGUUGUUUGCCGCGCAGUGACGCAGGCAUUCGGCGGUGCGGUAGAUAGGUAGAGAUUGGAGAUUGCAAAGCGUUUACCAUGUCUGUGCAACAGUUCUGCCUGCGGUGGAACAAUCACCAGCCGAACUUCAUAUCGGUGUGCUCCUCGCUGCUGCACAAUGGCACCCUGGUGGAUGUCACGCUGGCUGCCGAGGGGCGCCAGCUGCAGGCCCAUAAAAUAGUACUGUCUGCAUGCAGCUCGUACUUUCAGGCCCUGUUCACGACGAAUCCGUGCCAGCAUCCGAUCGUUAUACUGAAAGACGUUCAAUAUGAUGAUCUCAAGACGAUGGUGGACUUUAUGUAUUACGGGGAGGUGAACGUGUCGCAGGAGCAGCUACCGCACAUACUUAAGACGGCCGAGAUGCUCAAGAUCAAGGGCCUGGCCGAGAUGCCCACGGACCCGGCCAAUCUCACCAAAUCGGACAGCAAAUCAUCGAGCGACGGCACUGAGCUGGUGGGUGGCGCCGGCUCUGGUGUGGCGGGAGCAGGAGGUACCUCUGCGGGCAGCCUAGGUGCUGCCAGUGGCAGCAGUGUGGGCGACUCGCUGUGGAGCAGCAGCGAGGCGCAACAGUUCCAACAGCAGCAACAGCAACAACAGCAGGCCCAGCAACAGCAGCAGCAUCAUCACCACCAGCAGCAGCAGCAGCACCAGCUCCAACAGCAGCAGCAACAACAGCAGCAGGCCCAGCAACAGCAGCAGCAACACCAUCAUCAUCACCACCAGCAUCAGCAGCAGCAGCAGCAACAGCAGCAGGGCGGACAGACGCAGGCGCCGCAGACGCAUCACCAUCAGAUGAGACGAACCCCCUCGCCGCUGAGCGCUGGCACAUCGCCGGCCACGCGGCGCAAGAGGCUGCGCAAAUCCUCGAAUAACGGCUCUGGCGAACGCAACAAUGCAGAGGAGCAGCACAACAGUUCUUUGGAUGCCGGGAGUGCCGCUGGCAAUGCGGGCCUCAGUCUCGCCCAAAUGAGCCAAAUGUCCUUUGGCGGGGCGGCCAAUACGGCGGCUGCAUUGGGCAGUCUCGCGAGCCAUUCACUGCACGCUUCCAAGCUGCUGAAGGAGUCGGCGAGCAGCGAGCUGGACCAGCAGCCGCAGGACUCGGACCUGGACGACGGACACGGACACUUACAUAUGCAAAUUAAGCCCGAGGUGGAUAUCGGCGGAGUGAACCAAACGAUGCCCCUGGACAUUUCCGGCGCCACCACACCAUCUGAGCACGAUGCGCCAAACUCUCAGUCCUCGCACUCGGAGCCAAGUCCGGCGCAUGCACCGCAUCAUCCACAUCCCCCAUUGGUGGCCACCAGCAGCAGCAGCGGCGGCAGCGGCAGCUUCGAGCGCUCAUUCAGCAUCGGAGGCCUGGGCGAAACUGAUCCCGAGAACAAUGCCAGCUCGCCGGUCAUGAUGGGGACCAAGAGGAAUCGUGUGCUCACGCGACAGCCGAGGGUGAAGCGCGACAGCGACAGUAUCUCCUCGACGAACCAGAUAUCGCCGGAGACGGCCGCCACGACGCUGGACUUUGAUCCGUUUAAUGCCGCUGGGGCCACAAGCGCCACCGCCAGGGACUAUUCGACGACGGGCUCGCAUCACCUGCACCACCAGCAUUCGCAUCCGAAUCCGCACCAGCAGCAGCACCACCACCACCAGGCGCCUCCGCAGCACCAUCACCUGCUGACGGUGCCACCUCGAAUCGAGCGGCAUGCCUCUGAGCCGGCGCCUAGUCUUGGUCCCUCCACCCCGCACCUGCUCAGCGUGCCGUCCAGCACGCCGUAUCUCAUAAAGCAGCACUCGGAUCCGCUUCUGCCGCGUCAGUCCGCUCUGCACUCCGCCUCCGGCAAUUUGGCCGGCGGCACCAACCCGUUCGCUCCCUUGCACCGCCAAUACUCGCAUCCGCUGUCCGGCAGCAAUGCCGGCUAUGUGCCGCCCACACCGCUGCACCAUCCGCAUCAUAUCUCGCUGCCCGAGUCAAUCUACGCAUCGGGGUCACCGCCGCCGGCCGGUUCCUCGCAGUACCUGGUUCCCACCCGUGUGGUGGCCUGUCCGGUGUCCAGUGAGACGGCUGCCACACCCACAAAUGCCAGCUCCAACGUUUCGUCAUCGACGGUGUCAGCCGUUUCCGUGGUCACCUCGCCGACGGCCGGCCUCAACAGCAGCCGGCAUUCGUUCUCGCCCACAUAUGCGGGCAGUUCGGAGACGGCGCCGCCAGAGCGACGCUCUCCACACUCCCACUCGCACUCGCCCACUGUCACCCAUUCGCACUCGCUCGUGGAGCGUAGCUCGAAGGGCAGCGAUGCUGCCAACGGAUCUGGCGGUUCGAAGCUGCGCAAUUCCAAGUCUGUCACGGGCACGGGAUCGACCUCCCACCUACAUCCCGGCCAGACCACGAUGAGCAGCUCGUCCGAGCAUUUGCCGACGCUUCGGGUCAAGAACGAGGAACUGCAACGUUCGGUGUCUUCACCGCAGACCCAGAGGGAAAUAAUCACCCUGGAAAAUCCACGUUCUAGUCAUUGCCCCGUCAUCCGGCCGGGUCCGGCCCUGGGCUGCAACUUCUGUUGGAACACCAUCGAUGGGCAUGGCCGUAUUUUGCGACGCAAAACGAAAUACCAUUGCCCCGAGUGUCAGACGAAUUUAUGCAUUGUGCCCUGCUUCCAGGAGUAUCACGAGCGGCUCAACAACGAAGCCGCCGCCACCGUGGGAGCCAGUGGCAGUGCCAGCGCCAGCGCCAGCAACAGCAGUGCCCACGAUAACCAGCUGCACAGCAGCAGCACUGGCAGCAGCAGUGGCAGCGGCAAGGCCUCCCCCUAUGUCUCGGCCGGCAGCAGCAACAGCGGCAGCGGGACGGGCCCUGGCCCAGGCGCAGGCACAGGCGCGGCUCGGCAUUACACCAAAACCGAAUCGAUAUAAUCUGCGCCAGGCGAGCAGCAGCUGAUUGUUGGCCCGCGUAUUUGUAUUUGUGGCACGACGGCCACCACAGAAUGAUCUUGAUCGUGUGUACCGUACCCAUGCAUCGGAUCAUUUGGGGGCCGUCGGUCAAUUUGUUUUUUUGUAAGCAGGAUGCUUGUUGUUCCGCCGCACAGGCAUCGGGACACGUCCUGCACCGAAAAUUUUAAUUUGUUGUGGCAGUUCCACUGUAAUGUGCCCGUUCCCGACUCCUACCACGACCCCAGAAGCGAGGUGUGUCCGGUGGCCGGAAGCCGGGAGCCGGGAGCCAAGGGACUGCCCGAGAAAGCGCGCGUAAGGGCGCCCAGAAAUUUGUUUUGUGAGCCGUGCGAAAUGGCACGCGCAGACGUUGUGUGUACUCGUAAGUAAAACGAAAAACUUUUUGUAGCAUCCGGCCGGAAAUAUAUGUAUGUAGUAUGGCCGGCGGCACGCCCGCUAAAUUUUUUAAACAAUCGCUAACUGUAAAACUAUAUUUAAAUGUGUGUGUACCUAUGUAUAUGUAUGUAAUAUG